AUGGCCAACGUUUGUCUUCAUUUCCACAAGAUUCAACGCCGAUCAGAUGUCUUCCUCACCCUUGAUCCCCUACCCCUAGCCGCGAAGACUGGGCUCUGUCUCCAGAAGCUCGAACCUCAACGCAACAAACACUAUCCCCGCCGGACCACACGGCAGAACCCGCAGCUUUCUGUGUGCCCAGAGCAGCACGGCCACUGGAGAAUCAAUGGCGGCGGCUUGUUGGACUUCUACAUCCGGCUUGGAAACAAGUUCAAUGAUGCCAGCCUGGCCUCCACCAACGAGGGAAUCAGUAUGAGCAACUGCAACUCAGUCUCAGACAAUGUCCGCACCUGUCUCAAGGCUGCCAUAUGUAAGAAGCCUGCCCUACUGCCCUUGACCAGGGCAAGUGUCUUGUCGCUGUUAGUGCGAGAGGAAAGGGGGAAUGGGGAGAAAGGUAAGGCCCAAAAGGAAGAAGUUUGUGGCUCGGAGGCAGGUGACAAGCGCGGAGAGUGCCAAAUCACAAGCAAUUCCGACUCCUUCCGGUUUGCAAGUAACACCACAAGCAAUUCCGACUCCUUCCGGUUUGCAAGUAACACCACACCCUCCCUGGCCACAUUGUAUAUCCAGAGCCUUGCCAAUAAACUCUUGGGUUUGGAAAAUGAUAAGCUCUUCCAGCCUGGGAAGCUGCUCAUUCUAAUCCAUUCCUUCAUCUUCUGUAUUAACAAGGUACGGGGCCAGACUACCAUUGCUCAAUCUACAGCCCCUCUGGUGCCCUCCUAUUACUACUAUCCCUCACCUUACCAGCUGCUAUCCCAAAAACAAGCAUCUCUUGUAGACUUGCCUCAAUUUUCAGCUCCUGUUUUGUCUUCUGGAUAA